GUUCACCUACCUUCCCGUCCCCUUGCCCUUUCCGUUUCCCGCCUCCCCCAACCGCAUAGAAUGGCCGGCUCCGGCGGCUCUCCCGACGCCGACGAUCCCAAUUGCGGCGGAGCUGGGGCUGAGCCCUCCAGGACUCCUCAAGAAUCCGACGACCGCUAAUCCGCGCCCGGCUCCCCUCUCAGCACUCGCCCGUCCGGUCAGCCCCCGGGGACUUCGGUCGUCGCCAACGAGGGCUCCGCCUCGUCCUCCGCCUGGGGAUCUGAUGACGAAGACGAGCCCGCAGGCAGGUACAAGAACCCCGCCGCCGCUUCCUUCCUCUCGGGACCGUCGAGCAGCACCAUGGGAGCGUCCUCCUCCGCCUCCUCCUUCUCCUCGGACAGCUGGAUCGGCAGCGACCGUACGUGCGGCGGCGCCUCGACCUCCAGCUCUCUGGACGCCUCCAACUACAGGGAUCUCUACAGGGAUCCACCCUCUGAGUGGAUGUAUAAUCAGAUUCUGGAAGCUCCUUUCUGGAGUCACGAGGCAUCUGAUGCUGUGAGGGCUUCUUGGAGAGACGAGUACGAGGCUUGUGAUGAUGCUUUUGUGGGCUUCAUACUGGAAUGUAUGGAACAAAAACAAAAACUGUCAGUAAGUGGCUAUCAAGAGUGGCUUUUCCAGGAGAGUCAAAAUGAGCAGAAGUUUGCGAACAGUGAGAAUAUACAACAAUUUUCUUAGUUAUCUUGCCAACUUACUCUAAUUUUCUGACUCCAACUAUUUUUGUUUUGUGUUUAGUACUUUUGUAUCUUUGACUUGUGACAGCUAUUGAGAUAUGCACUAAGGUUGAAACUUUUAAGUCAUACAUAACCGAACUUGGUCAAGGAAUGCCUGAUGCAAUAGGGUACUGCCUGGAGGAGGUUCUCCCAGUAAAGAAAGAUGCACAACAAGUGAAUCUCACUGCGCUCACCAAUGUCCUACAGGUGCCACUCCGAGUUGUUAACAUUGACGUUUCACCGAUUGAGGAGCCUAACAUCCACAUCAUCUACGAGUCACUAGAUUCCUCGGUUCCUACUGUGACACUACUGUAUAGACCAGGGCAUUAUGAUAUCAUCUACUAGAAGCCAUAGCUGUAGACUGUAGUAACAGAUAUCAUAUGACGUGUCACGGGAGAGUUGCUGGCCGCGUUGCGAUAUACUGGACUCUUGUUGUGUACAUCAGCUGCACAUAUGCACUAUUACUGUUUUCCUUCCAUAUAUAUGUGGGGUGAAGAACUA